GUCAGACCAGAAUGCACCGCGCUUUAUCAAAAUGGCGGACUACAGUUCGGGCACGGAAGUGACAGUUGAGCGGCUUGGGCCAUCAGAUAUUGUGGUAGAGCGUCUACUGGAGGGUGUACGACAACAUUCAUGUGUGUUUGACACGAAGAGGAUGGACUAUAGGGAUUCACAAAGAAAGAGAAACGCCUGGGAAAUAAUAAGACAACAAUGUGGCCUCGCCACAGUUGAAGAAUGUCAUAAGCUGUGGAAGCACCUAAGAGAUCGGUACUCCAGAGAGAUCAAGGCAAUGGAGGUGAUGAAACGAAGUGGAAAUGCGUUUGUUUCCAGGCGUGCCUGGGAAUUUUUCGAGGCUAUGGCCUUUUAUAAAGACUGUGGACGUCCGAGAAAGACAACAUGCAAUCUGCAUGGCUCAUCUACACUCGAAGAGAAUCCUGGAAACGACGAUUCCAGCGGCACUGCAGAAAGCAUUUUCGAGUCUAUGGUGUCGAGAUCAUCAACAUCAUCCUGCACAACGUCUACCCAGGGGGAUUCCCUUAUACCAACCGUCACGAUGGCAACGGACAGAGGCGAACAGACACUUGUCCAGUCAGGUCAGCUGCCAGAAAACAGAGUGAACAAGCGAAAAAAAUCGGACACUUUUGAACAAGACCUGCUGAAACACCUAGACAAAAGGAUGUCGGAGAAUGAGGCAUUCGCCCUAUCUGUAGGGAUGACCUUGGACAGGCUGUCGAAGCCAACCGCGGCAGAAUGCAAAGCAAAAAUGAUGUUGCUACUUUCGGAGUAUGACCUAUAGUGUUCUUGUUAAAUGAAUUAUUUUUGACUACCUGUUUUUGUAGAAAUGACAACAAGGCCUGUAGUUUUUUUAUAACCCUGAAGCAGUUAGUCUUGUGUUUAUUAUUUUCUUGUGUAGGAUUAUACAGGUGUUUUUUAUUCGUUACAGAAUUUUUCUUAAAAGGUGGCAGAGCAAAAUAGAUGCCGUUUUAGCAGGUGGGUUAUACGGCCAGGGAAAUAUCCUGUAGGACAGUGUUUGCAUCUACUGUACUACUAAUUAACUAAAAUUCAUUAACUUCAUAAUUAGAUGUUUUUUUUUGGGGGGGGGGGAGAGGGGGGAAUUCGAGAUGGCAGGAUUGGAUCCAAUCAUUAUUCAAAGCCACCGUCCUUUAAACAACCCAGGAAGCAACGUAAAAUGUUAAAUUUCGCUAUGCAAAUGAGCCGAAACUACAACUAUUCGCUUUUCGAGCGCAACAACCACGCACCCUUCACCUUAUCUGGGUAGGAGAGCGAUCUCAGAUUUGCAUCUACUCCAACCAGCUCCAUUGCUCCAAGGCAUGUGCCCUCUCCCCGUGAUUGCCUGUAGCUGUUUCUGUGCUUGAAUACUGCUCAGUUCUGGUUUCGGCUAAUUUGCAUACAGAAAUUUGGCAAUUUAUGUCUCGAAGUAUGGUUGCUUCUCAGGCUAUUUAAUAAGGACAAUGGGUUUCAAUAAUGACUGGCUGCAAUUCUGCUAUCCCACAUUUCCCAGAAAAAAUCUUACUAAUAUCAGUUAAUUAAUGAAUUUUAGCUAAUUAGUCAUCCAGCACAUGCAUGCGCUGUCCUACAGGAUGUCUGUCUGGCCUUAUAAACCACCUGCUGAAACGCCAUCUAUUUUGCGCGACUAGUUUUUCUUGAAAUAAAAUUUUGUAAUGAAUAUUUAAAAAAAACGGCAUAUCUAGUCUCUUUUCUAAUUCAGCCAACAUUUUAUUUUUGUAAAGCCCUUCUGAUUUGUAAGAACAAAGCAGUCAGUGUCUACACAAGCACCAAGCAAUAACAGAAGAGCCAAUGAACCAAAUGUGAUAUGCACUUCCUGAACAAAGUGUUUUGUCUUGAUGUACCUGAACUUGAUAUACUUGAUAUACCUGAAUUAUUUUUGACUACUACUAUUUGUACAAAUGACUACAAAUGUACUAUUUGUGUUAUUUUCUUGUGUAGAAUUAUAUACCUAGUCAGUAUAUCUAGUCUCGUUUCUAGUCUAGCCUACAGCAUUUAAUUUUUGUAAAGCCCUUCUGAUAUGCAAGAAAAAAGCAUUCAGUGUCUACGCAAGUGCCAAGCAAUAACGAAAGUACCAGCAAACUAAAUGUGUGUGCAGUUUUUGUCUGCUUCAUAAUAAUGCAUCCCACAGUUAGACAACUUGUUGCCUUCUUGCUGACACGCAAGCCGUAAAACAAAACGCUGUAGAUUAUCGAAAAAAAUAUAAGUGCCUAGUAGUUUAUUUCAGAAAACUGAAAAACAAAGAAGGCGUACAGAUGCCUGUAUUAACACAAACUUUGAGCAUACAACACAGCAUUGUUUGAGGUUCAGUGUGUAAGGUAAUAAAAUAGUUCUGACAAAAA